GCGUAGUCCGCCUUCCUGCACAGCAUUCCAGAGACCCGCCCUCGCCAGCAUGGCAGCGCCCAGUUGGGGCGGGUUUGUUGGCCUGGCGUUUCGGCUGGGCCGGGGGUCUGGGUUUUAGGCCGGUAGUAUAUUUGGUUCCACAAUGUUUGGGGACCUGUUUGAAGAGAAUUCCUCCAGUGUGUCAAACAAUCAGUAUGGAAAAGGGAAGAUAUUAAAGACGACCACAUUGGAGCCCCCUGCUCCCCGAGAAUUCACCAAUCUGAGCGGAAUCAGGAAUCAGGGUGGAACGUGUUACCUCAACUCCCUUCUUCAGACUCUUCAUUUCACGCCUGAGUUCAGAGAAGCUUUGUUUUCCCUUGGUCCGGAAGAGCUCGGUUCCUUGGAGGAUAAAGAUAAACCGGACGCCAAGGUGCGAAUCAUACCUUUACAGUUACAGCGCCUGUUUGCUCAGCUUCUGCUGCUGGACCAGGAAGCCGCGUCCACAGCAGACCUCACCGACAGCUUCGGCUGGACCAGCAAUGAGGAAAUGAGACAACAUGAUGUACAGGAACUGAAUCGAAUUCUCUUCAGUGCUUUGGAAACUUCUUUAGUUGGGACGUCUGGCCAUGACCUCAUCAACCGUCUGUAUCAUGGAACUAUCGUGAACAAGGUUGUCUGUAAAGAGUGCAGAAGCACCAGUGAGCAGCAGGAAGACUUCUUAGACCUAACAGCAGCUGUCAAAAAUGUGUCUGGUUUGGAAGAUGCCCUCUGGAACAUGUAUGUAGAAGAGGAAGUGUUUGACUGUGACAACUUGUACUACUGUGAAACGUGUGGCAAGCUGGUUAAAGCAGCCAAGUCCGCCAAAUUGCGUAAGCUGCCUCCCUUUCUUACUGUUUCGUUGCUGAGAUUUAAUUUUGAUUUUGUGAAGCAUGAACGCUACAAAGAAACUGGCUGCUACACAUUUCCUCUUCGGAUGAAUCUCAAGCCAUUUUGUGAACAGAGUGAGAUGGAUGACUUAGACUGUAUGUACGACCUCUACUCGGUUAUCAUACACAAAGGUGGCUGCUACGGAGGACAUUACCACGUGUAUAUUAAAGAUAUUGAUCAUUUGGGAAACUGGCAAUUUCAGGAUGAAAAAAGUGAAUCAGAUGUGAAUUUGAAAGAUCUUAAGAAUGAAGAAGAAACUGAUGACCCAUUGGUGAUUCUGAAAGCAAUCUUAUUACAGGAGGAGAACAAUCUAAUUCCUGUUGAUCAGCUAGGCCAAAAACUCUUGAAAAAGAUUGGAGUGUCGUGGAGCAAGAAGUACAGAAAGCACCAUGGGCCACUGCGGAAGUUCCUGCAACUCCACUCUCAGACGUUUCUACUCAGCUGGGACGAGAGUACAGUCUCUCUCCUGCAGAGCGCUCCCCAGCACACCGCGCCUGAGGGCCAGAGAGGUGGCCAGCGCGGCCUCCAGACAGUCACCGCACGGUCCCCAGGGUUAAAUGACAGCGCUUCCUGUCCCCACUGGUUUGAUAUCAAUGAUUCCAAGGUCCAGCCAAUCAAAGAAAAGGAUAUUGAGCAGCAGUUUCAGGGUAAAGAAAGUGCCUACAUGUUGUUUUAUCGGAAAUGCCAGUUGCAGAGACCCCUGGAAGCUCAAGCUAAUCCAAGAUACAGGGUUCCGUGUCAUUUAUUGAAUGAAAUGGAUGCAGCCAACAUUGAACUACAAAUGAAAAGGGCGCAGUGUGAUUCUGAAAACAUUAAUGUUGAGCUGCGUCUUCACCUGGGCCCUCAUUACCGUUUCUCCAAUGGAGCCUUGCACCCAAAGGGAUCUCAGACAGAAAGUGUGUGGGAUUUGACCUUUGAUAGAAGAAAAACUCUGGGAGAUUUGCGACAAUCAGUAUUUCAGCUGUUGGAAUUUUGGGAAGGAGACAUGGUUCUCAGUGUUGCCAAGCUUGUCCCGGCAGGACUUCACAUUUACCAGACCCUGGAUGGAGAGGACCUGAUGCUCAGAGACCUGGAGCUUGCUGAUGGGGAGGACAUCUUUGUGUGGAAUGGAGUGGAGGUUGGUGGGGCCCAGAUCCAAACUGGUGCCGAGUGUGAGCCACUGCUUGUCAAUAUUUUUCACAUGAAAACGGGCAGCGAAGGAGAGACGUGCGAGCAGCUGGCAGACUCUCCACACGUGUUUCCAUCCAACGCAGAAGUGGCCACUGUGCUCGCGGCCUUGGCCAUCCCGGCAGGUGUCAUCUUCAUAAACAGCGCUGAACCCACGGGUGCAGAGCGCUGGACGGCUGUCCCCAAGGAAGACACGAGGAAGACGUUCAGAGAACUAGGUCUCAGGAACGGAAGCUCCAUUUUAGUUCAGGAUUCCAGCGGUGAGGACAGUUUGUUGCCCAAACAAGGGAAAUGGACCAGUGGGACAAAUGAGAUCAACUGGCUGCAAGUUACAAAUCUAUGCCCGUUGGAAUCCGAACAGAAGCAAGUUAAAAUAUCAGCAACUGUUAACACAGUGGUGUUUGAUAUUCGAACUAAAGCCAUAAAGGAAUUAAAAUUAAUGGAGGAACUAGUGGAGAAGAGCUGUUUGAGACCAGUCGACAGACACGGCAAGCUGCUCUGUCCAGUGCCAGACACUUACACCUUGAAGGAGGCCGAGUUGAAGUUGGGAAGUUCACUGGGCUUGUGUCUUGGGAAAGCACCAACUCCUUCUCAGCUGUUCCUGUUUUUCGCUCUGGGAAGUGACGUUCAACCUGGAACAGAGAUGGAGAUCGUGGUGGAAGAGACGGUAUCUGUGAGUGAUUGCUUAAAAUUAAUGCUAGACAAAGCUGGACUGUCAGGAGAAACAUGGCAUUUGCGAAGAAUGGAUUGGUGCUAUGAAGCUGGGGAGCCUUUAUGUGAAGAAGGCGCAACACUGAAGGAGCUCAUGGUAUCCUCCGGAGACACCUUGCUCGUAAUGGAGGGGAAACUUCCUCCUCUGGGUUUCUUAAAGGUGCCCGUCUGGUGGUACCAAGCCCAGGAGCCCUCCAGACACUGGAAGAGUCAUCAGGACCCCACCAGUUGUGCCCUUUCUCCGGCUGGGGACUGGGGAGCUGCCUGCAUGCAAGGUGCUCCUGGAGACCUGCCCGCAGAAGCGUCCCUGCUCUACUUGGGAGACAUAGAAAUCUCAGAAGACGCCACGUUAGCGGAUCUCAAGUGUCAGGCCAUGACUUUGCCCCCGUUGUCCGAGCGGGCUGUCCCGUCCCCAGCCUUCCUCAGGGCCUGGACGGUGGAGGGUAGGCGUCCCGGCAGGCUCCUGCGAAGCAACCGGCAGCAGCUCAGGGACUGUAAGCUGGGCCGGAGAGCUGGGGUCUGCCUGGAGCCUCUGCCGGCGGAGGAGCACCUGGGUCCCCAGGACGUGCUUCUGCGGACCCGGCUGCGCAUUCCUGGGGUGAGGGCGUAUGCGCCAGCCGAGGACUUGGUGUGGGACGCAGCCCGAGGCUGGACGGCCAGCUCCCUCCGGCAGAAGGUGGCCAGUUUCUAUUCACUUCCUGUGGAGAAAAUCGAAAUUGCCAAAUACUUUCCUGAGAAGUUUGAAUGGCUCCCGAUAUCCAGCUGGAAUCAACAAGUUACCAAGAGGAAAAAGAAGAAAAAGCAAGACAGUUUGCAGGGGGCGCCAUAUUACUUGAAAGAUGGCGAUAUCGUUGGUGUUAAGAACCUCCUAGCUGACGCCGACGCCGACUUCAGUACAGCCAUGGAUGACAUUGGCAAAGAGAACCAGAAGCAGCUCGCCCUGGGGAAGAAGAAAAGCCGGGAAGCCCUCCGUGUGCAGAGCAGCGAAGCCUCCAGCGCGCCCAUGCCCAGCCCGCCCCGCGGACCCGAGGCUGGCCUUUCCAUCCACGUGCGCAGCUUCCGGUAGCACCAGCACGGCCCCCAGCAAACAAACUUCGGCCACUUGUGAACUGGCCUGUGUGGCCCCAGAUCCCAAACACUCUGCUGGGGGUGAGCAGAUGCCACCUGCGAGACCAGGCGGGUGCCCUGGAUGGCCUUGGCUGGCACAGCUUGCUGCCCUGUCCCUCAGGACACCUGCCCUGGUGGCCUUCCCUACCAUUCUGUACCGCGCUCACAUCCGCAGCGUGGGAUGCACACGGGCUGUCGCCUCCCUUGUCUUC